AACCUCAACUAAGCUUUUUUGUAUGUUUUUGGAGGAAAAAAAAGAAGCAAAACCCGUCUCCUAUGAGCAAAAGGACAUCCACUCUAUAAAAUUUCCAACUUUCUAAGCACAAAAUUGAAGAUGGCCACCAAAUGUAGUAUUCCGGUAAUUGAUCUACACGAUUUCCCCAAUCAAUCAUCCAAAUUGAUUGCAGCAUCUGAAGAAUGGGGAUGUUUCAGGUUGCUUAACCACCAGCAAGUCCUUCCCUCGACGUKGAUGUCCGAGAUGAAGUCAGUGGUCAGAUCACUCUUCAAUUUACCCGUGGAGAUCAAGCGUCGGAACCUCGAUGUCAUUGCCGGAAGUGGAUUUGUGGCUCCGACGGCAAAAAACCCGUUGUAUGAGGCACUAGGAUUGUAUGACAUGGCUUCUCGUUGUGAUGUUGAAACCUUUUGUUCUCAAUUGGAUGCCUCACUUCAUCAAAGAGAGAUAAUAACUAAAUAUGCUGGAGCAGUACACAAACUUUUUAUGAGGAUUGGAGAGAAAUUAGCUCAAGGUUUAGGUGUAGAAAGUGAAAAUAUUGGGUUCGAGAGUUGGCCAUGCCAAUUCAGGAUCAACAAGUACCACUUUACCCCUCAAAGUGUUGGGUCAUCUGGUGUCCAAAUACACACAGACUCUGGUUUCCUCACCAUCCUCCAAGACGAUGAAGACGUUGGUGGUCUAGAAGUUAUGCACAAGUCCGGCCACKUCGUUCCUGUAGAUCCAUGGCCCGACACCCUCCUCGUUAACCUCGGUGACAUGGCAGCGGUGUGGAGCAAUGGAAGAUUCUGCAAUGUGAAACAUAGGGUGCAAUGCAAAGGACCAACAAUUCGUGUGUCGGUUGCAUCUUUCCUUUUAGGACCAAGAGAGACAAUYGAACCACUGCCAGAACUUGUGGACGCUGAUCAUCCUCGUGUCUACAUGCCAACCACUUACGAAGAGUACAGGAAGUUGAGGUUAUCCACAAAGUUGCAGGCAGGCGAAGCUCUCGCACUAUUGCACACAUCGAGUUCUAAUAACUGACGAGACGAUUGUUUAUUCAGCCUGGAACAUUCGAAAAAUAAGGUGGAUUCUAGCUUUACUCACUUUUUUCAUUGCAUGCUUUAAAUAAAUUGGUA